AUGCUACUACUGGUCUUCUUGACCAGCUUCAUCCGACAAAGCUGGAAUCUUGGCGUAGCAUUCCUUUGCUUCUGGCUGUUCUUCGAGAAUCUGACCCUCGGCAUCGAUGCUGUCAUCUGGUCCGAUAAUGGGGACAUCAAGCUAUACACUUACUGUGAUAUAGUCACGCACGUACAGGAGAUUGCCGCUGUCGUCAAACCAAUGGCGACCUUGAUUAUCACUCGCCGCUUGUGCUUGAUCGUCAGUGCGAAAUCGGUACAACCUCUCUCCAAAGCCGCGAAACGCAGAGAGCUGUUGAUUGAUUGGAUACUGGGUUUAGUCAUUCCUAUGAUAGUUGCGGGGCCAUUCUAUUACGUUGUCCAAAUACUUCGAUUCCAAGUAUUCGAGGGCAUCGGUUGCGGCAAUGCUAAUGACACUUCGGUGCUCAGUAUCUUGCUUCUCAAUUCAUGGAAUGUUAUCCCGCCUCUGGUGUCCAUCACAGUCUAUUACCCUGCAGUGAUUCGAACGUUCUAUCGCCAUAACCAAGAUGUCCAGGACUUUCUGCAAAGCAACGACUCGGUCUCGCGCGUCAAUUACCUUCGCAUCCUCGCUCUAGCAAGCAUAGAUAUUCUUCUCACCCUGCCUAUCGGCAUCGCAACCAUUGCUUUGAACGUGACGGCGGAGUUUUCUCGGGACGGCGUACCAUUCUACUUCGGCUGGGACUACGAUCACGAUCCCGCGGAAUGGAAGCCCGAGAGUGCUUCCUACGCCGAGACCGUAGCGAAUGGAGCAUCCACAAUGGCACAGAUAUACUUCUCUCAGUGGACUUCACCCGUAUUGGCGUUCAUUAUCUUUGGUUUCUUCGGGGUCACGUCGGAGGCUCGCGCGUCAUACUGGCGCAUCAUCUGCACCAUCUGCGGCUGGCUUGGUUGUCAACCAAGAUCUCGCACAGACAGUGCGCGCACGACGUCCCUCGGAGAGAUUGAAUUCGGCGAGCGACCUGUGCAGGAUGUGUCGCUCAAUCUUGACCCAGAGCCUGUACCAAGUCCCACCAACCCUGGGGCGCAAACACGACCCGGGCCAAACACGGAGAGAGGACACGGACUCGCAGCAACCGCUGCAGAGAGCGACGCAAGCAAAGACAGGACAGAAGAACCGCGCUUGGUCCCAGGAAACAUUGCCUGCGUGCGCCUCGCGCAUGUCAAUCCGAAACACAAGUCCUACUGUGCGGAGAUUGUCGACGCCCAGUCGGUCGCAAUAAGCCCACUAAUAGCUUCCAGCGCGGGCCCAUCUUUUCAUCUCGGCAAGGAGGCUGGUCCACCGGGCACGAGAUUUCUUACGCGUGGGCUGUAG